GAGGGUCAGAGACAGGGUCUUCCUUUCUGUCUUCCUUUCCUUUCUCCCAUCCAUAAAACCAUCGUUCCUUUCCAUUCUUUCCAAAACUAAAAACCUCCAAAUUACAAUUCACACUCCGAACAAACCCCUCACAUUUCCCAAACCCCAAAAACCAACCUUAAAAUUAACCAAACCCCCAAACCCAAACACAAUAUUACAAAAAUGUCAUCCCCCUUCCCUUCUUGCUUCCGCCCCUCCCCAACAUCCGAUGCCCACCCUCCUCCUCCUCCGCCGCCACCGCACUCGACCCACCCGAACCUCACGACCUAUCUCUACCACACGGACAUAGGCCUCGUUUCCCUGACGUGGUCACGCUCCCUAAUGGGUCGUUCCUUGCACGUUCACCUCCAUCACCACCCAUUCGAUUCCCCUCCUUUCCCUUCCCUCUCUUCUCCCUCUUUCCACCUCCACAUCAAACCCUUCAUCUUCUGGAAGAAACACGGCUCCAAGAAACUCUCCCCUAACACCCUUCUCUUCUGGAACCUCUCCAAAGCCAAAUUCGCCUCUGGACCCGAACCCCACUCCUCCUUCUACGUCGCCCUCGUCGUCGACAACGAAAUGACCCUUCUCGUCGGCGAUUCCGCCAAGGAAGCUUAUUCCAAGUCCAAAGCCCACGACCCCAAAAAGGCCCAAUUCCUCCUCCUCAAAAGGGAACAUGUGUUCGCCGACAAGGUUUACACCACCAGAGCCAGAUUCGGCGGCAGAACUAGAGAGAUUCAGAUAGAUUGUUCCUACAGGGACCAUUCCAGGCUCUGUUUCAGCGUUGAUGGAGAAAGCGUCUUGCAGAUUAAGCGCUUGAAGUGGAAAUUCAGGGGCAAUGAGAGAGUGCAAGUGGAUGGGGUCAACGUUCAAAUCUCCUGGGACCUCUAUAAUUGGUUAUUCGAGAAGGACAACAACGAUGGACACGCCAUUUUCAUGUUCAAGUUCGAGGAAGAGGAGGACGAGGAAGGGAUUGGAGAGAGGAAUAACUUGGUGAAUUUGUGGAAUUUGGGGGUUUAUGAUUGGGGCAAAAUGGGUAAGAGUUGGUCGUCUUCGUCGGUGUCGUUGGCUUCCUCAGCAGGAUCGUUCGGUGGAAGCUCCUCCGUUUUGGAAUGGUCGAGCGUUGAGGAGAAUGAGUUGGUUGUUCCGGUUGGGUUCUCUCUGCUUGUUUAUGCUUGGAAACGCUGAAGUGAAGGGUGAUGCCAGUGCUUGGUUUUCCUCGGUUUGGAGUUUUUUGGAUUCGUUUUCUUCUGUUAUGUCAUUAACUAGUUACGCUGACUGGUUAGAAUUUAGGUGUUUCAUAUUUGUUUCCCACUAACCCAUUUGUUUCGUGAACAUAGAGGUAAAUAAAUCUAUCUUAGAGUUUUUAAAGCACAUGAGAAUCUAUAAGUAGAUUCCAACUUGAUAAUAGAUCUAAGUAGUUUUUGUGUCUUUCUACAUCAUAUCUGGAUUGGAACUUAUUGCUUGUUUUGUAAAUUCCUUGUAAUUCAUUGUCUGAGCUUGGCUAUCAUGUUGUGAGAAUCAAAUUGAUUAAGGCAUGAUGGGACGAAUUGCUUUCAGUAUGUCUUUAAUUAGUGACUUGGCUAAAGCAAUUUUAUUGUUACAUUUUUGGUUUUUCACAGUUGGGGUUUGAUUGGAACAGUAAUGGUGGUGUGCAUUCCAAGUGUUGAACCAAAUGACAUGUGAGGUAGGACCGGUUCUUUUUUCUUUUUGAUUGCAUUGGUAAAUGGCAACUAAGCUUGUAGUUGGAAGCGGUACCCCUUGUGUGACCGAAACUAACCGUAAGUUGGUUGACCAAGUCCACCCAAAAUCAAUUAUUCAAUUCAAUUGAACGGUACUGUAUCAAUUUUCUUGCCAAAACCAAAACUUUUAACUGCAGAAGAAAUGGGACGGUUGCGUUGCCUAACUGGCGUGUCGUUCGUGGUAUGGACCACGUGACGUUCUUUUUUUUAUGAUUGAUGAUGUUUCUGUUAGUCUUGUGAACACGAAAUUAAAACAAAUGGCUGUCUGCCAGCGAUU